AUGGCAGAAGAACUCAAGUCAGGGAAAAAAAACAGCGCGGUUUUAAACAACAGACCCGAGAUAAGAUCUCUUCUUCGGACGAUGCAAGCAGUAUCGGGAGACGCGACGUGGACAGACCACGGAAAGCACAGGGCGCGUACUACAGCACACUCCAUGUUUAUACUGUUCGGACAGCCUUUCUUCUGGAUGACGGUGAAUCCUUCAGACCUGAACAGUCCCUUCGUCAUGCAUUACGGAGGUCACGACAUCGACCUAUCGUCGACAUGCCAUGAACAGAGGCCAGGUUUCAGAGAACGACUUGAUAUAAUCGUGAACGAUCCCGUGGCUUCAGCCAUUUUUUUUCACGAAACUAUCGAGGCGGUCCUGAAAUAUAUUCUGAGGUUUCAGGCUAACGAUGGCGAUGGUGGGGCGCUAGGCAACAUCAAAGCUUAUAUCUGCAUGACCGAAGAGCAGCAUCCCAUUUUUUUUCACGAAACUAUCGAGGCGGUGCUGAAAUAUAUUCUGAGGUUUCAGGCUAACGAUGGCGAUGGUGGGGCGCUAGGCAACAUCAAAGCUUAUAUCGGCAUGACCGAAGAGCAGCAUCGUCUAAUGCUUCACGGUCAUCUCAUGGUAUGGGUGCAUGGGUUCACGAGCCGGGAACAGUUGCGACAAGACGUUGGGUACAGCCUGAAGAAGCACGCCGAACUAGCCAAGUACAUCGGACGAAUAAUCUACAACCAGGUCAUGUCCGUCGAAGAGGUAGAGUUCGGCCUCUUCAACCAAUCCGAGCCAGUGUACAACAACGUUGUGCUCCCCAACGCGUCACCGUUUGAUAAGGGGUUCGCUCAACAAAACCAGAGCUACGACGUCGACAGCGUUUCGGCAGAAGAAUGGCCGGAGCCACUUCACACAAGGGAGGCUAGAAAAGACAAGCGCAGGGUAUCAUUUUGUCCUCCUGUUCCUGCAGUCAAUAUUCAGCGCUUAUUCGGAGAAAACCCCGCGUGUCUUUCGUGCAUACCUGAAGACACGUCCUCUUUAGCAUGGGUGGCGUCUUGGCAUGGAUGUACACACACGUGCACAAAAUAUGGGAAAAAAGGAACAGAUGGACUACCACUCCCUGGUGCCGAGUGUCGAUUUGGGUUCGGCGUUGACGGAAAGCCUAUUCUCGAGAGAGGAAGUGUGAAGAACGGCAGAGCAGUUGUUUAUUCGGACGGUACGCUGGAGAUAGACGGCGUGACGGUAGAGGUCGACGGGCCAAACGAUCAAACGGCUGCACUGGAACUGCAGAGGGAAAUAGACAGAGUUAUUCGCGCCCGCGCGAAGGCAGUUGAUGACAACGUUCCAUUUGAAGACGGCGACGACGAUUUCCUGAUACGGGUGCGCCGCGGAUCAACCCACAUCAACAGUUACAAUUGGGUUGUCCAGCAGGCCAUCCGUUCCAACAUGGACAUCAAGGUUAUUCUGGGAAAUGGUGAUGCCCGAGGACUCGUUUUUUACAUCCUCAUGUACACGACGAAAUCCAAUCGAACGGUGAAAUUGAUUCUUCCUUUGCUGGCCGAAGCGGUUACUCGCAUUGACAAAGAAGACCGUUCUGAACCUAAUGACGAACGCAUGCGAAGAAUCGUGAGGGUUUCUCUCUGCCAUCUGUUAUCUGGCACAGAAUUGGGCGGUGCAGCGGCCGUGUGCAAAUUAAUGGGGUGGUCCGAUACAAUUUUAUCGCAUAAGCCUAUACUGUGCCGGCUGACACCUACCUGUGUAUGGCUGGAUCAAGCAUUCGCUUCCAUCUGA